GCCGCGGAGCACUCGACCCUUUGGGUGCCGGUGACCUCUGCUGCCGAUUUUUCCGUUCGCUCUGCCAGUCUCCCGCCCGGACUCGACCCGCGCCGCGAUGUUGGCGCUGCGCUGCGGCUCCCGCCUGCUCGGCCUGCUCCCUGUCCCGCGCUCCUUGCCGCUGCGCCUCCCCACGGCCCGCGCCUGCAGCGGCGGCGGCGCCAGCGACGCGUCCUCUUCGGCUGGGAACCCGCUAGUGUACCUGGACGUGGGCGCCGACGGGCAGCCGCUUGGCCGCGUGGUGCUGGAGCUGAAGGCAGAUGUCGUCCCAAAGACAGCAGAGAACUUCCGUGCCCUGUGUACUGGGGAGAAGGGCUUUGGCUACAAAGGCUCCACGUUUCACAGAGUGAUUCCGUCCUUCAUGUGCCAGGCUGGCGACUUCACCAACCACAAUGGCACAGGAGGGAAGUCCAUCUAUGGAAGCCGCUUUCCUGAUGAGAACUUCACCCUAAAACACGUGGGGCCAGGUAUCCUGUCCAUGGCAAACGCAGGUCCCAACACCAACGGCUCCCAGUUCUUCAUUUGCACCAUAAAGACAGACUGGUUGGAUGGCAAACAUGUUGUGUUUGGCCACGUCAAAGAGGGCAUGGAUGUUGUGAAGAAAAUAGAAUCUUUUGGCUCCAAGAAUGGGAAGACCUCCAAGAAGAUUGUUAUCACAGACUGCGGGCAGUUGAGCUAAGGCCCUGCGGCCAGGUGCCAGGCCGGCGGCAGCUGCGCGUGUGCUGACCUCACCCAGGUGGCCGCCUCGGGCUCCCAGCGGCACCUGUGCUUGUGCCACCAUCACCGUGAGCUUGAGGAAGCCCUCUCGGGAGGGAACAUCAGACCUCAGGGCCCCCCAGGAUCGACUGCUUCCUUACCGCCUCCCCUUCCUCGUGACCCCGUUUCUAGACCCCGUCGUGGACGUCCUGUUACUGUUCCUCCCCAGGCAUCGGCUCUGAUCGUCCAGCCCACGUGCACCUGUGCCUUGGAUGUUGGCGGGCGGGGGUUGGGUUAGCUUCCAGGGCAAGGUCCUGCCUUUUCCUUGACCUCUGUUAGGUCAAGGGGGAAAGCCAGUUGCUGCAAAAAGGGCUGUUACGUAUCUGUUUAAUGGUGCCUUCCUAAUUGGAAUGAUUAGAUUAACAAGACUGCCUGGAGAUGAAGCUGUGACACUAGCGACUCCAUGCUGCGGUGUGACCUGAGUUGGUGGCCCAGGUCACACAACUCCAGAGCUUGGCCUCUGGAGCACAAUCAGGGCUUUUGUGAAGGGUCUCAUGUCUAAGGCCUUUGAUCCCAGCCACUGAAUCCCGUGGGUUUGCUGCUGUCGUUUUUUACAGAGAGUCUGUGUGGGUAGAAGUAGAUGAGCCUGGGGACAAAGCCACUGUGAGCUGUGCCUAGUAAUGUGAAUCCCUAGUCAAUGUGGAAAACGGAAAUGGCCUGUAAGUGCUGUGGGCUCAGGAGAAAAUAGACGUGUAUUUCCUGGUGGGCUUUGAUUUUUCUGUGUUUAAUAACUUAAAUCUACUGAUUAGGUAUGUAAUAUACUUCAGCAACGUUACUGUGUUCACCUUACAUGUGAUAAUAAAUGCUAUUUUC